AUGUCUAAUGGGCUGAGCGAUGCAGACCGCGAAAUCGUAUUUAGCCACAUCUUCCGUCACCUUGCGUCCUACCGCAAUGUAGCUGAAGUAUACAUUUUGACGGAACAUGACUUACAGCUCGGCCAGAAUUGGGAUCGCAGAGCAACAGAUGAGGCCAAUGACGAGCUGAACAAGUGGGCACAAAAUUUCCUCCAUCAAGCCUGGAUCGUAUGCAAAGACCAGGAACAAGGUUGCCCUAUUCUCGACCCUUUAGCGGAUACAUCGACCCGCCAAAUCCCCCCUUUGCCCGACCUAACCAACGUGGGGAGGACGCUUAAUACCAUCGCAGUCUUGGAAAUCACGACCACCAAGUCAUAUUCCGCCUACACUCGGGUGUUCUUGCAUAGUUUCGGUCCUCUUGAUGAGUAUCUCAUAGGCUACACGUUGCGAAAUCCGGCGAAGGCGAUAGAAGAGGCCAGAAAUCUUACGGAAACCACUAGGGAUCAACGCGCCAGAUCAAACCGGACUCUUCGUAUGGCAGGUAUGGGUCUCGGUGCCGUUGCUGGUGGGCUCCUUGUUGGUAUCACGGGCGGGCUUGCAGCGCCUUUGGUUGGGGCAGGCGUCACCAGUAUUCUGGGACUCUUCGGUGCCGGCGGGACAGCCGCGGGAUUGUUGGCAAGCAGUUUAGCAAGCUCGUCGGUGGUGUGUGGAGCUCUCUUUGGCGCUUAUGGCGCACGGUCUGCCGCAGGCAUGGUUAGUCGGCACGCUAGAGAAGUCAGCGACUUUGAGUUCGUCCAGGUCUUGGGCGAGGGUGAGGGAGAAACAUUGGGUGUCAGGCUAUGCAUCAGCGGAUGGCUUACAUCCGACGAAGAUAUCACAGCACCGUGGACGAUCUUUAGACAAGGAGACGAUACACACGCGCUUCAAUGGGAAAAACAGGCACUGAAAGACCUGUCCAGUGCGCUUGUCACACUAGUCAAGUCGCAAGCAUGGUCAUAUGCUAAAGGCGAAAUCAUCAAGCAUACAGCUCUCGCAGGCUUGCUCAGUGCGCUCUCACCCAUUUUUUUGCUGAAAAUCGGAAAGAUCAUCGAAGAUAAUCCUUGGAUGAAUGCUAAAGCCCUGGCGCUCAAGACCGGUAGGGUUUUGGGAGAGUUGCUCGCCUUAAGAGUAUUUGGCAACAGACCCGUCACCCUAACGGGCUUUUCACUUGGUUCGCUCGUCAUCUUUCAGGCACUCCUCCAGCUCUCGGAACUUCCACCCGCUAAAACAUGUGGGCUGAUCCAAGAUGUCUUUCUGUUCGGCACUCCCGUCACUAGCAAGAGUCUUGAUUGGGCGACCGUACGCAGAGUUGUCUGCGGCCGAGUCGUCAACGGUUUCUGUCCCAACGACAUGGUUUUGGGCAUUUUCUCACGGGCAUCAAGUGCUAGUUGGAACAUCGCAGGGCUACAAGCUGUAGAAGUCCCUGGAGUAGAGAAUAUAGAAUAUUCAGAUGUGGAUGGGCAUCUGCAGUGGAGAGGAAUGGUGGGAAAAUGUUUGCGUGACUGUAAAGUGCCUGGUGUGGCAGACAAAGAGGUUGAAGAGCAGUUAGCUAGCAUCCCGAGGAUCAUGGAUAUGAAGGUCGAAGGGUCAGAGGCUCGGCUUUUCGACGGAGACCUUUCAGCAAUAAGUGAUGGCACCCACGCAAGCUCACUAGCGUGAUAAGAUGUGGUUGACCGAUUAGCUAGAAGCGUAUUGGCCAUGCCAAAUACAACGGCUGUCAUUCCAUGUCACAGCCUCAAUCAAUUAGAUGAAUCGUAACCAG